AUUCCACGAUUAUAAUAAAGAAAAUUGAAAAAAAAAAUUUCUUAUCGCCACCAAAUUAUUAGCUGAUUCGAAUACCAGAAGAAGAAAAUAGAAAUAAAUUUUAAUUCCAUAUUUGUCAUUAUUGAUUUUUGUCAUUUGAUGACAUUUUCUUCGCUUCACUCGUUUGUUAUCAUCAUCGUCAAAAAAAUUAAUUUCAUUUUUCGUCAUUGAAAAGGCAACGAAUUCGUUGCCCGCCAUAACAAGUUUCCAUUUUAAAAUUUGCAACAUUUUCAACAACAACACACACGAAAAUCACAAUGAAACAAAUAUUUAGCCGUAGUAAAGUAUUUUUAAGCUGUAAUCGUUUGAUUCUGGGACAACAGCAGAAAAAAUUUCUAUCCCAAAUAACGUCAUCGAACAACAAUACAAGAAUCCUCUGGUCACGAAUCAUUCGCCCUAUUUAUUCUUCCUCAGCAAAGUUUUUAUCAGAUCGUCGUUACAGUGAAAAACAUGAAUGGGUUCUAUUGGAUCCUAAUGAUAAAACAGUCGGGACGGUUGGAAUCUCACAAUAUGCUCAAGAAGCAUUAGGCGAUGUUGUCUAUGUACAAUUACCCGAAAUAGAUUCGGAAUACAAUCAAAAUGAUGAAAUUGGCGCCAUCGAAAGUGUGAAAGCAGCCAAUGAAAUUUAUACACCGGUAUCGGGUAAAAUUGUUGAAACCAAUAAAAAUUUGGAAGAAAAACCCGGUCUAAUCAAUUCGUCAUGUUAUGAUGAAGGAUGGCUGUUUAAAAUCAAAAUCAAGGAUUCGAAAGAAGUAGAUGGAUUGAUGGACGAACAAGCAUAUGAAGAAUUUCAAAAAACCAUACCUUAAAAUUUU